AAACAACAAGUCUUUAGACGAGACGCAACAAUGCCACUUCUAAGCAGUUGGUUAAACAAGCUAAUCGAAGUGAUUUUUUCUUAAAAAUUGUAUCAAUCCAAUAAUAUAAAAAUGAAAGUUUUCUGUUUUUUUAUAUCAUUUGUCUUUGUACACGUUGCGACAGAUGAACUAAUGGAUUAUAAAAGGGAGGUUUUCAUUACAAAUGCACACAUCGAGCUCGCUUAUAAUAUGAAAAAAAUUACUGUAGGAAAUAAAGUGAUUGCAAAUGGAUUGGAGCAUGUAAUUACAAAAAUUGUUGAUAUUGAAGAUCAUGACAUGCUUCGUGAUUUAGACUUACAGCGUGCAGAAGUUGUUUUAAUGAGCAUUAUGAUCGCUGUUCCGGAAUACUAUGCAUAUCUUUACGACCUAGAUGAAGCGAUAUAUAUCCAAAGAGCUAUGCAAGAUGAAAUAAGUAGUAAAUUAGGUAUUGCUGUUCCUGAAGUUACUGACCAAAUUUUCGAAAAAUUAGUUUUGACACAACUUGGAGAAGACAGAAGGCGUUUUACUGGAAAAGCUUUAAAAGACAUGAUGAACAACGCAAUAACAAAUUAUGGAAAUUUGACCGGUCAUGUUGAAGAGAGAAGAAUUAAUCCUACAAAAGCGUUGAUUAGAAAAAUGGUCCGUUCAGUAUAUAGCCGUAAACAGGAUGACCCUUUAUUAUGGAUGUGUCGUUUAAUUGCAUUGUUCAUGAGUACAAAAUUUCCAACAUCAUUUAUAAAAAAUAUUAAGACUGGCGAUAAAAAAACUUGUUUCCUGGAGGACGAAAUUACAGCAAGUAAAACAUACAGAGAAAUUAACGGUGUAUGGUGGCAAGUAAACGUCAAUGACAUUGAGGAUAAACUGCAACUACUUAAGGAACAGUUAUGAUAAUUUAGUCUAGACAUAUAAUGGUAUAACAUUUCUAAAACUGUAUAGUACUAUUAUCAUUACAUAUUUUUAGUAGUACUGGAUAAAUUGAAUAAUUUAGGAAAUUUUUUACACGCCUGACGUCAUAAAUCACAAUAGAUAAAAUUUAAUGUUUUCUGUUUAACUAUGUGUAUUCAUUUAAUUAUUUGUAUUAUGAUAUGUGUAUAUUAAAAAUCUUAUAUUAAUGUAACAUAUAACAUAUUAAUGUAAAAAAAACUUUAGCAACACUUGUGGUUGUAUAUUAUAAAAUAUUAAAAUAAAUCCUUAAUAUCAUUUACAUAAUAUACAUAUUUCGGCAGCCAUGUUACCAUCAUCAGUGUAUACAACAGACUGAGGCGCAGCUAUAGAAUAUUACAUUAUUUUUAUACUUAUAACAAUAUUACACUGAACUUUCUUCAUUCAUUUUCAAAAACAUUGAUUACUUCUUCCUGGUUAGGAUAGGUUUAAUUUUUUUUUUUUUAAUUUUUAUGAUUUAAACCAAUGUUUUUUUGACGUUAAAUAAUACC